UCGACCCCUGCUCUAGAUUAGAUGUUUAUGUUUGUUAACAUAAGGAACUAGAUAAACUUGAAUUUAAAUUACCUUUAGAGAUUAAUAAGGAAUGGUGAAUUUGAAUCAUUUUUAUUUAUAUAUAUAAGGAAACAAAUAUAAAAGGCAAAUUAAAACAAAUUUUUAAAAGUGAGAAAUCAGGCAUCAAAUGUGUCACAAGAAUCUUCCAUUUCCAAGCUCCGUCUUUUUGGUGUUUCUCCUUUGGAUUGGAGGAGAGUGAAUUCACCAAUUUAGCUUCACUUCUCUAAAUGAGUCAGCCAUCACCCCAAAGGCUGAUGCACCUUUAUCACUGAACGUUUUGGAUUUCUGCAGGGUGUGUGAGAUGAUGGUGAAGAAGCACCACCAAUAAAAAAAGAAGAAAAAAAGACGCGCAGACGCGCAACCAGACCCUCCCCUUGAUCAUAAGCGCCGACACACACCGAGACGUUGACCAAAGCCGUCCAGCUGCCUGGAGCAGAGCGCCUGCUGCUGCGUGGACGCCCGUUGACUUGGUGGGAGGAGGAAGAAGUUUCUCCAAGGAGAGGACAGGAGCGCCAAGAGAGAUGCCUUCCUCUUCCUCGCGAGUCUCACGAGCUGCGCUGUGGAUUUGCUGAUUGCUUUAGUCGUUUUUUUCCCCUUUGCAACUUCUUCAGUGUGAGCAGGGAGAGGUUUUGAGCCAGAGGAUGCUCCCACAGGUCGUUUGGAUUCUGUACGUCUUGUCUUUCUGCUUUUUCCAGGGAAGCUUCAUCAGACAGAGCUCCUGUAAGGAGGAGAUAAAACCUGCCGGCAGAACCGGACCGCAACUGUCACCUUCUGACUUCCUGGACAAGCUCAUGGGGAGAACGUCAGGAUAUGAUGCCCGCAUUCGACCCAACUUCAAAGGGCCUCCGGUGAAUGUCACCUGCAAUAUUUUCAUCAACAGCUUUGGGUCGAUCACAGAAACCACUAUGGACUACAGGCUCAACGUAUUCCUCCGACAAAAAUGGAACGACCCGCGUCUGGCAUACAGUGAAUACCCAGACAACUCACUAGAUCUGGAUCCUUCCAUGCUGGACUCCAUCUGGAAGCCGGAUUUAUUCUUUGCCAACGAAAAAGGAGCCAACUUCCAUGAAGUCACUACUGAUAACAAGUUGCUAAGGAUUUUCCAAGAUGGCAGCGUUCUUUACAGCAUCAGGCUCACUCUAACCCUGUCCUGCCCUAUGGACUUGAAGAAUUUCCCAAUGGACAUUCAGACCUGUACAAUGCAGCUUGAAAGCUUCGGUUACACCAUGAAUGACUUGAUUUUUGAAUGGCUUUCUGACAACCCUGUUCAAGUGGCCGAUGAUCUUACACUCCCCCAGUUUGUGCUGAAAGAAGAAAAGGAUUUGGGCUACUGCACUAAGCACUACAACACAGGUAAAUUCACCUGCAUUGAGGUGAAGUUCCACCUGGAAAGACAGAUGGGUUACUACUUGAUUCAGAUGUACAUCCCUUCGCUUCUCAUCGUUAUCCUUUCAUGGGUGUCUUUCUGGAUAAAUAUGGAUGCUGCACCAGCUAGAGUCGGUCUGGGUAUCACGACCGUUUUGACGAUGACCACACAAAGCUCGGGGUCGAGAGCUUCACUGCCCAAGGUCUCCUAUGUGAAGGCCAUAGACAUUUGGAUGGCAGUGUGUCUACUGUUUGUUUUCGCUGCCUUGCUGGAGUAUGCAGCAGUUAACUUUGUCUCAAGGCAACACAAGGAGUUCAUCAGGCUGAGGAAGAAGCAGCGACAGCAGAGAAUAGAGGAGGAACUGGUGAGGGAGAGCCGCGGUUUUUACUUCCGGGGUUACGGACUCGGUCACUGCCUGCAAACCAAGGACGGCGCUCCUCUGGAGGGGGCGGCAGUGUUCUCCCCGCCCCCUCCAAUAGCCAUGUACGACGGGGAAGUGUUCAGUAAGCGCUUUGUGGACCGGGCCAAACGGAUCGACACCAUAUCAAGAGCUGUCUUUCCCCUGAGCUUUCUCAUUUUUAACAUCUUCUACUGGGUGACAUACAAAGUGCUGCGACACGAAGACAUCCAUGCAAAUUUGUAAAGAGCUACCGCUUAAGUUUGCCAUUCCUUCUAUAAACAAACAAACAAACAAACAAACAAAAAAACAUCUCAACCAAAACUGCCUGUUUGAUCUACAUCACAGUGAGGAAAUGUGCUGAGAGACAUCACAGCUUCAGAACCACAGCUGGACGACGGGAAACUUGCUCAGGAUCUGGAUGUCAAGCGGAUGAGGCUGGUCUUUGGAAUCUGUUGGAUUUUCCACGGACCACAACAAAUCAGAGCAGAUGAAAGCGUUCUGAAAUGAUGUUGAUCCUGGCUGAACGGAACAUGCUAACUUGAAUUUUGACACUAAGCAGCUUUAAAUGAAUGUUUCUGACAAUUUACUUUUUUUUUUUUUUUUU